UGCUCCAGAUCUGGUCAAAACAACUGCUGAGAACCAGGUAGAGGAGCUAAUCGAGGGACAUUGAAGGAUAUAUUUGUUUUCCAGAGCUAUGGAUUUGUUCAGCUUCCUGCUGUUGGCAGUGCUGGUGCUGGCUCUGGUGUCAUUGUUGACCACGAGUGGCCGAAGACAAUACUGUCUGCCCCCAGGACCCAGAACCCUCCCCCUCAUAGGCAACCUGGCCCAGGUGGACAAACGAGUCCCCUUCAAGAGCUUCCUAAAGUGGAGUGAAAGUUACGGGCCGGUCAUCACCGUGUACCUGGGCCCCCAGCGGGUGGUGGUUCUGGUGGGUUACGAGGCAGUGAAGGAGGCCCUGGUCGACCAGACUGAUGACUUCACGGGCAGAGGGCCCAUUCCGUUCCUAUUCAAAGCUACCAGGGGCUACGGCUUGGCAAUCAGCAACGGCGAACGUUGGCGCCAGCUUCGCCGCUUCACCCUGACCACCCUCAGAGACUUUGGAAUGGGCCGCAAGGGCAUGGAGCAGUGGAUACAGGAGGAGAGCCAACAUCUCGUAGCCCGCAUGGAAGGCACCAAAGCCGUGCCCUUUGACCCCAGCUUCUUCCUGAGCUGCACCGUGUCCAACGUGAUCUGCUGCCUGGUGUACGGUCAACGCUUCAGCUACAAGGACCCAAGCUUCCUGCGGCUGCUGAAGUUCUUCUCUGAGUUUGUGCGGUUUGGAAGCAGCCCCCUGGGGCAGCUCUACAACGUGUUCCCCAAGGUGAUGGAGUGGCUGCCGGGGAAACACCACGACGCCUUUGCCAAAAUAGAAGAGAUAAGAGACUUUAUUACAAAGAAGAUCAAUGAGCACAGGGACACUUUGAACCCGGGGGCACCGAGGGAUUACAUUGACUGUUUCCUCACCAGGAUCAAUCAGGAAAAGGACAAUCCUAACUCUGAGUUUCAUCUGAAUAACCUGGUAUCCACAGUGUUAAACCUGUUCAUAGCAGGAACUGAGACCACCAGCACCACCCUCAGAUACAUCAUUAUGGUACUCAUCAAAUACCCCCAAAUACAAGAGCGCAUGCAGCAGGAGAUUGACUCUGUGAUUGGACAACAGCGCUGUCCAUUCAUGGAAGACAGGAUGUCCCUCCCCUUCACGGAUGCAGUGAUCCAUGAAUCGCAGCGUUUUAUGGACUUAGUGCCCUUAAGCCUUCCUCACUAUGCCUUAAAAGACAUCCAGUUCCAAGGCUAUGAAAUUCCCAAGGGAACUUUAAUCAUUCCCCUGCUGCACUCUGUACUCAAAGAGGAGACACACUGGGAAACACCCACAUCGUUUAACCCCCAACAUUUCCUGGACAAGAACAGCAACUUUAAGAAGAACCCGUCGUUCAUGCCUUUCUCUGCAGGAAAGAGAGCCUGUGUCGGGGAGUCCUUGGCUCGAAUGGAGAUCUUCCUCUUCCUGGUGUCUCUAAUCCAGCGCUUCACUUUCUCCAGCCCGAGCGGGCCAGACAGCAUGAACCUUGCCCCAGAGUACAGCAGUUUUGCCAAUCUGCCCCACAGUUACCAGCUCAUUGCUACCCCCCGGUGAGAAGUGCAGGAACUGCAAGAGGGCUGUACUAAAACUCCAAGAGACUUGAGAUUGUAGUGAUGGCUUACAUUUACAUUUUACAUUUAGUUAUUUAGCAUUUAGCCUCUAGGAGAAUGUACCUGUACUUACUGUAAGUCG